AUGGAGGGGGCCAUCGUGGGCGGCGCGACGCAGGGCAAGCUGUACUGCCCCGGCUGCGGCGCGCGGCUCGGGUCCUUCAACUGGGCGGGCAUCACCAACACCUGUGGCGCCUGGAUCACCCCCGGCUUCCAGCUGCACCUGUCAAGGCUGGACGAGCUGCGGCCGCGCGGCGCGGCGGGCGGCGGCGGCGGCGCGGCGGCGGCGCUGCCGGGGCUGCGGCUGCCCGCACUGCUGGCGGAGCGGCGGCAGCAGGCGGCGGCGGAGGCGGGUGAUCUCCUGUCAGACCUCUCACUCAACGCCGCCGCCCCCGACGGCGCCGGCGCGCCGCAGGGCGCCGCCGGGGCCCCUCCCGACAGCGCCGACGGCAGCGCCGCCGCGGCGGGCCGACCCGACCGGCUCGGCGAUUCGCCCCCGCCCGGCGCGCCGCAGGCGCCGGCGUCGCUCGAAGCGCGGACGGCCUCCUAUUUCCAACACCUGGUGCUGGACUGCGACGGCGUUCUGGUCGACACCGAGCGCGCGUCGUGCGAGGCGCUGCGCCUGGCGGUGCUGGAGGUCACGGGGCUGCAGGUGCCCGGCAGCUUCCCGAAGGUUCUCGUUGACGCGCCCCAUGCAAUUGCAUGCGGUGCGAUGCGCACGAUUUUGCUUGUCUUUCCUCUGGCCCACCCCUCCCUCGACCCCUGA